AGUGAUUCAGCUUCCACAACAACCAAACCAAGAAAUGAUGCUUUGGUGGCUCAGGUAAAUACUUUAAGGCAAGAGCUGCAGCUUCUUGCAUCAAGCAGACCGAUGACAAUUGUGACUUCAAAUACAACAGCGGGGAGCUUUUAGCAGUUAUUCAGUGGGAGAAGUUCAAAGAAACUGGGUAUUCAGGUGGUCGUCGAUAUGGUGUUAUCAUUGUAAUUGUAGCUGUUGGCUAUGGAUAUGUGUGGUGGAAGCAAUGUCAAUUUUUCUUUCAGAACAACGUGCAACAUGCGCAAUUGUACGCAGCCCAGACCAGCUGAUCACAAUGCGAAACCCGCUUUAAGGCCAAUGCAGCCUCCUCAGCCUUACUCUUCCAAUCCUCCAUACGGAGGAUCCGGACCUCCACCUGCAUCAAUGUAUAUGGGAAUGCCUCAUUACGGUUCUUCAGUUUUUAAUGGAUCAUCGAUUCCCCCUUAUGAUGUCCCAUAUUCUGGGGGAUCAGCAUACCAUUAUAAUUAUGGAAACCGCAUCUCUGGAGGCAGCCCCUACCGACCAAUGCCUUUGUCUGGACCGCCACCAUAUUCUGGUGGAUCCAUGAUGGGAAAUGGUGGAAUGUACGGUGUGCCUCUACCAAUGAUGGACCGUUAUGGCAUGCCCAUGCCGCCUAUGCCUCCACCUGCUAUGGGCCCAAGACCAGGAUUUUUCCCAGAUGACAAAUCCCAGAAAAUAGAUGAGACACGAGACAAUGACUGGAAAUGCCCUAAAUGUGGAAAUGUGAAUUUCUCUUUUAGAACAGUUUGCAAUAUGAGGAAGUGCAGCACACCAAAGCCUGGUGCUCAGGCUCCAAAACCAGAGAAAAGUCCAAGUAAGUCUUCGUAUACAUAAUGCUGGUCAUUUUCCAUAUUUCAAUUAUACAUGAUGGUUAAGUGAUUUCUUUUUUCUUUCUCAAUUGACGGAGCAAAAGAUGCCUGAUGGCAGCUGGAAGUGUGAAAAAUGUGGCAACAUAAACUACCCAUUCAGGACUAAGUGCAAUAGGCAGAAUUGUGGAGCUGAUAAGCCAGCUGAGGAAAAUAAAUCGCCUUCUCCAGUAGCUGAUGGAAACGAGCAGUGAGUACUAGGACAUUGGGAAGGUCCAGAGUUGUCGUCAAGCAUGCUCAGUAUCGGUGUCUGAAAGUCAGUCAUGUCGUCGUCUUCAUAUUGCAGCGGAUCUGUGUCGAGUUAUUUGUAUUAUCUGUUGUGAAAGUCUUUUGUGGAUCCCUUUUAUUCUGUCCAGCUAAGUCUGGCAAAGUUUUACCUGAUUAAUAUUGUUAUUAUGGGAUGAGUUUACUCAUCUCGAGGUUAUGUCAACAUGCACCAGAGUUUUUACAAUUAGUGGAAAAUUAGCAAAUGCAGUCUAUAUUGAAAUUUGCGGUUGUGGUUUUCUGUGACAUUCA